CUGUCCGACUGUGGGGCGCUUUUCGGCGGGUUCCGUUAAAAUGGCGCUGUUGUUGCCAGGAGCUGAAACCCAGCAGAUGAAAAACGACAGCGGUUAAAAACAUACCGCGGACCUUUUUCUGCUCGCACGGAGGGCAAUAUAUACGUGCACAAUGGCGGCGCUUGAUCAGAAAUCACCCAACGUGCUUCUGCAGAAUCUGUGCUGUAAGAUCACGGGCAAGAGUGAAGCUGAUGUAGCCCAUCAGUUCCAGUAUGCAGUGCGGGUCAUCGGAAGUAAUUACGCACCCACAAUUGAACGGGAUGAGUUUCUGGUGUCUGAGAAAAUUAAAAAAGAAUUAUUAAAACAACGACGGGAAGCAGAUGCUGCCCUUUUUUCUGAGUUGCACAGAAAGCUUCAGACUCAGGGUGUAUUGAAACAUAGAUGGUCCAUCUUAUACCUCCUGCUCAGCCUCUGUGAGGACCCAAGGAAGCCAUCUAACCGUGUUCCUGUGUGUAGUUAUGGAGCUCUGCUUGCCCAGGCUUUGCCCCGUGAUGUCCACUCCACCCCGUUCUACUACGCCCGUCCCCAGAGCCUCCCACUCAGCUACCCAGAGCGCUCUGCGACUGCCCAUAACUCCAGCAUUGCUACCAGUGGCAUCAGCAGUAUGGGAGUAUUCUCAAUCAAUGGGCCUGGACCGACCCCUCCAUCUCUGCUCACUGGACCUGGACCCCAGGCCGUUGGUGAGUCUAUGAGAGGGUCUCGUCUAGCCUGGACUCUCCCGAUCUCCAGUUCCCCCUCUGGGGCAGCUGCUGCCCCUCGUCCCCCCAGUGGACCCUCUUCCAGUCCGGCAUCCAAACUCCCACAGAGACAGAGACGAGAUGGAGAUGGCAGUGAUGGAAAGUUCAUCAAGAUGUGCAGCCCAGAAAACUGCUACAAAAUUGAUUCAAAGGUGCUACUCAUUGGCAAAUCCAUCAACUUCCUGCAUCAGGUAUGCCACGACAGGACGCCGCCGGGAAAGAUCAUGCCCGCCUCCAAAUCCACCGACUCUCCCAAAGAUGCGGUAGAGUUGUUCACUGAUCUGGAAGGGGCCUUUCAGAGUAAUAUUGAUGCUGCAUAUUUUGAGACCAGUAAGUAUCUGUUGGAUGUGUUGAAUAAGAACUACCAGCUGCUGGAGCAUCUUCAGGCCAUGAGGAGAUACCUGCUGCUGGGCCAGGGAGAUUUCAUCCGACACCUCAUGGACCUCCUCAAGCCAGAGUUGGUGAGGGCUGCCACCACUCUUUACCAACACAAUCUAACCGGUAUCCUGGAGACCGCUGUCAGGGCAACCAAUGCCCAGUUUGACAGUCCUGAGAUACUGAAGAGGCUUGACGUCCGGCUAUUGGAGGUUUCUCCAGGGGACACUGGAUGGCAUGUCUUCAGUUUGGACUAUCAUGUAGAGGGGCCCAUUGCCACGGUGUUCACCCGUGAAUGCAUGAGCCACUACCUGCGAGUGUUCAACUUCCUGUGGAGGGCUAAAAGAAUGGAGUACAUCCUCACAGAUAUAUGGAAGGGUCAAAUGUGUAAUGCCAAACUGCUGAAGAGCAUGCCGGAGCUCUCUGGUGUGCUGCACCAAUGUCACGUUCUCGCUUCCGAGAUGGUUCACUUCAUCCAUCAGAUGCAGUAUUACAUCACAUUUGAGGUGUUGGAAUGCUCUUGGGAUGAGCUGUGGAAUAAGGUCCAGCAGGCUCAGGAUCUGGAUCACAUUAUAGCAGCUCAUGACGUUUUCCUGGACUCCAUCAUUUCUCGCUGCCUGCUGGAUGUGAACAACAGGUCUCUGUUGAAUCAGUUGCGCGCAGUGUUUGAUCAGAUCAUUGAGUUCCAGAAUGCUCAGGACACACUGUACCGCUCCGCGCUAGAAGAGCUGCAGCUACGCAUCCAAUUUGAGGACAAGAAGAGACAGAGAGAAGAAAUGGGUGAGUGGGGUGUAACAGCAGAGCAGGAGGCUGAGGAAAACAGACGUGUGCAGGAGUUUAAAGACACCAUACCAAAAAUGUGCUCUCAGCUCAGAUUACUCACACAUUUCUAUCAGGGCAUAGUGCAGGAGUUUCUGCGGCUGCUAAUGACGGAUGAGAGUCUUCAGUUCCUCAGUUUCCGUCUGGACUUCAAUGAGCACUACAAGGCUCGUGAUCCGCGCCUGCGGCCCUCGCUAGGGGCCACUAGAGGGAGACGAAGCUCUAACAUCUGACCUUGCAGACUUUGGGAAAGUUAAUGUUAUGUGGUUGCUGUCAAGAGACUGUUUAUUAAUAGGGCUACUCAGAACUUUUCUGGCGCUCUGUAAGAAACUCAUAUAACAGGGAAACUGUUUAUAGAAUAUCCUAU